AUGGAUAUAUUCCGUAAAAUACGCAAAAAAUCUAAGAAGACUCAGGGUACCACCUUGACCCCCACUACGUCCGGUGCAUCUGCGAGUCUGGUCCAAGCCAGCACGAGGCUCGUCGCACCGCCUGUUGUUGAACAAGACCCAUCUCUUCAGCAAUCUGUAGUCACUACAGUGGCAUUACCGACGACGCAAUCUACCACCGAUCAACAACAUCCGAGCCCGGAUCAUGAACAGACACGACGAUCCAAAAUGGACAAAUGGCUUGCUCGUGUAGCUCUCAUGCUCAGAGCCUGCGAAGCUGUUGUAACAAUCCUGGAUUCCGUUCAGGCCAUCAAAGAUAACCAAUACGCCUGGUCAGACCUCUUGCAGACCAUUAGAGAACACACGAGGACGUUUCAACGACAACUAGAUCAGCUAGGUAUCAAAGAUGUACUCGAAGAGUGCGAGGACUCUAUCAAGGAUCCACUUACAAACUACUCCAUUACCCUCAAAGAGUUGAUAGCCGAGAUAUGCGUAGAUUCUGGGCUCGAUGAAUCCGAGUUUGAUAAGGGUCUGACUUGGAAAGUACUGGUCCAACGCAUCGGCACUACAAAGCUGGAAGCGGACACGAUCAAUGGAUACAAGCAACGCCUAACGGAUGCAAGGAACGAAUUGAUGCAUGCUCUGAUUCUCUAUGUCACCGUGUCUGUUAGAGCUACGGCGGAGCGGGACAUAUUGAAGGAACUCCAAUCUAAACAACGUCAACGUCCGCAGGAAUGCCAGCCGGGUACACGUGCGGAAAUAUUGGCUGAAUGCGAAGCCUGGUCCAAAAACCCAGACGCUCCCAACAUCCUCUGGAUCAAAGCUGCACCAGGAGCGGGCAAGUCGACCAUAGCAUCUACCUUGGUGACUACACUCGGUAUCAAAAAGACGCGUCUAGGAUCGAGCUUCUUCUUCCGUCGACAAGAGACUGCAACUACGACUGCUAGCGCACUGUGGCAGGGGAUUGCGUACGACCUUGCGCGACAUCCUACCAUUCGCAAAUACCUCGCGGAUAAGAUGAGAAACGAGGAGAUUGACUUGACAACACCGAAUAUCAACAUUCUUUUUCAGCAGUUGGUUGAAAGGCCGUUGUCCAAAAUCGGCAACCUUUCACAGGACCAAUUACCUGUGGUCAUCAUUGAUGCAUUGGACGAGUGUGGUGGACUGGCCGGCGCGCGAUCGACCGAAUUUCGACAACUUUUGCAAACCCUCACUGCCUGGUUUCGUCUUCCAACCAGUUGCAAGUUGAUCGUCACCAGUCGCGAGGAGGACGACAUAGCGAGAAUGUUCGCUCUCAACCCUCCACACACCAUCGACCUGCUCGCUACACAGGAGACAGUCAGCCAGUCCAAACGAGACAUUCAGGCAUUCCUGACUGAGGAGCUUAGGAAAGUUGCCACCAAAUAUACCAUUCGAUCCGUCGAAUGGCCUCAAACAACGACUAUUGAAACCUUGGCGAUCAAAGCCAAUGGGCUAUUCAUCUGGGCCUCGACGGUGAUAGAGUAUCUCCGUGCUGGUAACCCGAUGAAACUUUUGGAGGAGAUUAUAAAGGAAGACCGUGUUACAGGCAUGGGCUCACUCUACACCACAGUCCUCCAAACUGCGUUUCCAAAUACAAGUGCAACUUCACCGGAGGAUAUAAGAACAAUUCUGGGCGUACUCGCUGUCGCCAAGGAGACUUUAGACAUGAAAACCUUAACGGAUCUCCUCGCAAUGGAUCCUUGGACGGUCGAACACAUCUGUGGCGCGCUACGACCGGUGCUAGAAUUCGAUGGGGGACUUCGGUUUCGCCACCAGUCAUUUGUGGACUUUUUCUUGAACCCGAAUACGACUUAUUUUGUCCCUAGAAUCACGACAGACACCUCCACCGGAUUCUUGCAGACCAAUGAGAUUUUGAAUGGACUCUCAUCUAUUGAGACCUACAUUCCCCGCCAUUUACAGUAUGCGUCGCAGUAUUGGGUGGAUCAUUUGAAUCUUCCAAGUGAGGAAACGAUCACCCUCGUUCAAUAUGUUCUCAAGGUUCACUUCCUUUUGUGGCUCGAGGUCGCAAGUUUAUUACAGAUUGUGGACAGGGUACCGUCUAUGCUUACGGCGUUGGCCUCAUGGUUGAAGGAGAAUGAUAUCAUCGAGUUGAUAUCGCUUGCAGAGGACAUGCGCCAGUUCACGGUGCACUUCAUUGAGGUGAUCUCACAAAGCGUAGCGGGCAUCUACCUGUCGGCUUUGCCAUUAUCGCCUGCGGUUUCGAAGGUGCACCAACAAUACAGAUAUCAAUACCCCAACACAUUAUUCGUCCACUCAGGUGGAUAUCAACGGUGGUCACCACUCCUUUUCAUACUCCGCGGGCAUACCAGGAGUGUGAAUGCAGUUGCGUUCUCUCCAGACGGGCGGCGCGUUGUCUCUGGAUCUGAUGACCGAACGGUGCGUCUGUGGGAUGUAGAAACGGGCGCACAGAUUGGAUCCCCGCUUGAAGGACAUACAGGCUGGGUUAUGUCGGUUGCAUUCUCGCCAGACGGCCAGCGCAUUGUCUCUGGAUCUUCAGACCGAACGGUGCGUCUGUGGGAUGUAGAAACGGGCGCACAGAUUGGAUCCCCGCUUGAAGGACAUACAGAUUAUGUCCGCUCGGUUGCAUUCUCGCCAGACGGCCAGCGCAUUGUCUCUGGAUCUUCAGACCGAACGGUGCGUCUGUGGGAUGUAGAAACGGGCGCACAGAUUGGAUCCCCGCUUGAAGGACAUACAGAUUAUGUCCGCUCGGUUGCAUUCUCGCCAGACGGCCAGCGCAUUGUCUCUGGAUCUGAUGACCGAACGGUGCGUCUGUGGGAUGUAGAAACGGGCGCACAGAUUGGAUCCCCGCUUGAAGGACAUACAGGCUCGGUUAUGUCGGUUGCAUUCUCGCCAGACGGCCAGCGCAUUGUCUCUGGAUCUUUAGACCGAACGGUGCGUCUGUGGGAUGUAGAAACGGGCGCACAGAUUGGAUCCCCGCUUGAAGGACAUACAGACUGGGUUAUGUCGGUUGCAUUCUCGCCAGACGGCCAGCGCAUUGUCUCUGGAUCUUUAGACCGAACGGUGCGUCUGUGGGAUGUAGAAACGGGCGCACAGAUUGGAUCCCCGCUUGAAGGACAUACAGGCUCGGUUAUGUCGGUUGCAUUCUCGCCAGACGGCCAGCGCAUUGUCUCUGGAUCUUUAGACCGAACGGUGCGUCUGUGGGAUGUAGAAACGGGCGCACAGAUUGGAUCCCCGCUUGAAGGACAUACAGACUGGGUUAUGUCGGUUGCAUUCUCGCCAGACGGCCAGCGCAUUGUCUCUGGAUCUGAUGACCGAACGGUGCGUCUGUGGGAUGUAGAAACGGGCGCACAGAUUGGAUCCCCGCUUGAAGGACAUACAGAUUAUGUCCGCUCGGUUGCAUUCUCGCCAGACGGCCAGCGCAUUGUCUCUGGAUCUUUAGACCGAACGGUGCGUCUGUGGGAUGUAGAAACGGGCGCACAGAUUGGAUCCCCGCUUGAAGGACAUACAGACUGGGUUAUGUCGGUUGCAUUCUCGCCAGACGGCCAGCGCAUUGUCUCUGGAUCUGAUGACCGAACGGUGCGUCUGUGGGAUGUAGAAACGGGCGCACAGAUUGGAUCCCCGCUUGAAGGACAUACAGAUUAUGUCCGCUCGGUUGCAUUCUCGCCAGACGGCCAGCGCAUUGUCUCUGGAUCUUUUGACCGAACGGUGCGUCUGUGGGAUGUAGAAACGGGCGCACAGAUUGGAUCCCCGCUUGAAGGACAUACAGAUUAUGUCCGCUCGGUUGCAUUCUCGCCAGACGGCCAGCGCAUUGUCUCUGGAUCUGAUGACCGAACGGUGCGUCUGUGGGAUGUAGAAACGGGCGCACAGAUUGGAUCCCCGCUUGAAGGACAUACAGAUUAUGUCCGCUCGGUUGCAUUCUCGCCAGACGGCCAGCGCAUUGUCUCUGGAUCUUUAGACCGAACGGUGCGUCUGUGGGAUGUAGAAACGGGCGCACAGAUUGGAUCCCCGCUUGAAGGACAUACAGAUUAUGUCCGCUCGGUUGCAUUCUCGCCAGACGGCCAGCGCAUUGUCUCUGGAUCUGAUGACCGAACGGUGCGUCUGUGGGAUGUAGAAACGGGCGCACAGAUUGGAUCCCCGCUUGAAGGACAUACAGAUUAUGUCCGCUCGGUUGCAUUCUCGCCAGACGGCCAGCGCAUUGUCUCUGGAUCUGAGGACCGAACGGUGCGUCUUGGGGAUGUAGAAACGGGCGCACAGGUUGGGUCGCUACUCGAGGGACAUACGACUCCGGUUUACUCAGCCGCGUUCUCGCCAGAUGGCCAGCACAUUGCCUCUGGAUCUGAAGACCGAACUGUACGCAUAACGAAUACCAGUGCUACAGAAGACAGUGUGCGUCCUAUCGAUCUGUAA